CGAUGACGCCGACUCUGUCCGCAAGGUGAUGAAGGACAAGUUUGUCUCGCUCUUCGAGUCCACCUCAUCCGAUGAGUCGCGCGCUGCUUGGGCCGCGGCACAGGCGGCCGAUGAUGCCAACCCGCGCUUUGUCGUCUCGCGAACAAACGGUGACAAGUACCGCGUCACUCUUGCUCCGGGUGGCCCGCUUGAUCCGCCGCAUCCGCUCGAGUGGUUUGAUGCCUCGGGUGCGGUGUGGAAGGUCCCGUGCUCGCGUCGCGUCCUCUCCUCGCACACCCUUGUCAAGGACUUCCACGAGUACCUCAAGCUUGGCGAGCCGGCCGGACUCAUCACCCGCCAGGAGCUCGUCUCCAUGAUCCCGGUCGCUAUGGCUCGCCUCAACGCAGACUCGCACGUCCUGGACCUCUGCGCCGCUCCCGGCUCCAAGACCGCGCAAAUCCUCGACACCCUCACUGAGGCCGCCGGCGGCCUGCACAACCACUCGGCGCAGGGCUUUGUCAUCGCCAAUGAGCUCAACCGCCAACGCUCGCACAUGCUCGCCCACCAAGUCCGCCGCCUCUCCUCGCCGCGUUACAUGGUUGUCUCGCACGCCGCCCAGCACCUGCCCACCCUUGUCGUCAAUGACGAGCCGUUCCGCUUCGACACCGUCUUUGCUGACGUUCCUUGCUCCGGCGACGGCACCAUGCGCAAGAACAAGGAGAUCUUCGCGAGCUGGACGCCCUCCACCGCCGUCUCGCUCAACCCGCUGCAGAUCGCCAUCGCCCUCCGUGGCGCAAAGCUGACCAAGCUCGGCGGCGACCUGGUGUACUCGACCUGCUCGCUCAACCCCGUCGAGAACGAGGCCGUCGUUGCACAGAUCCUGCUCCGCACAAACGGCGGUCUCGAGCUCGUCGACUGCUCCGAUCGCAUCCCGGGCCUCGUCCGCCGCAAAGGCCUCACCACUUGGCGCGUCAUGACCAACACCGGCGAGUGGAUCGACUCGGCUGACACAUGUCCGCAGCCGUACCAGGGCACCUACAGCGAGCCGUCGUUCUUCCCUCCCACUGACCCCGAGUUUGACGCCUCGGUCCUCACCCGCUGCAUGCGGGUCCUCCCCCACGACCGCGACACCGGCGGCUUCUUUGUUGCCGUCUUCCGCAAGGUUGCCGAGUUUUCGCUCUCCAUCCCCGAUGGAACCAUCCUGGCCGAGCUCGACGACACGACGUUCACCACUCCCCGUGCCGCCCGUGCCGCCGCCCGCGCCGCCGCCCGUGCUGCUGCUGCCGCUGCCGCCCCGCCCUCGCCGCCGCCGCCGACGGACGACGCCGCCACCUCGAGCAAGGCAAAGGCAAAGGCAAAGACUAAGUUCUCGUCGCACCCCUCUGAGCUCACCGGCGACUUUGACCUGCCGUUUGAGCGCCUCGCCUCGGAUACCCUCGACACCGCCCGCGCCUACUGGGGCAUCAACGACGAAAGCCUCGGUGGCGCUUUUCUUGCCCGCGGCUCGGGCGCCACCUCGGUCAUCACCUGGACGCUCGACACCAUGGCCGCCCUUGUCGACGCCUCCAACGCCCGCUCCAUCGUCGGGCAGCCCGAGACCGAUACUGUCAAGCUCCAUCCCUCGCUUGCGCUCAACAUCAUCAAUCUCGGCAUCCCGGCCUUCACCGUGCCGUACAAGCCGGAACAGCCCGCGCGGCCAUGCUUUGACGGCCUCCCCUUCAUGGGUCGCUAUCUCUCCCGGCAUGUUGUCACUAUCGAGGCCCACAAGCUCUUUGCCUUUUUCAACAUGGAGGCCAUCACCAAGUCGGUCACUCUCCCCACUGACACUCUCGCCUCUGAUCACCCCGAGCUGGUGGAGCUUGUCGACGCCAUCAACGCCAUGGACAACCCAUCGUCGUUUGUUGUCCUUGCCACCCGCGCAGACCGCGCCGAGCCCAUUCCCGUCCAGGGCUUUUUCACCACCAAGUCGAUCACUCUCUACGUCGCCAAGCAGCGCCGUGCCGCCAUUGCCGCCGCACUCUUUGGCAUCCCGUACUCGCCCGAUCCGGUCGCGCCCAAGUCUAAUUGA